ACAAGCCUAUCGGUCUCCUGCUUAAUGAUAAAAAUGGAGUAACUUUGGGACAAUCCCUAUUGAUAAUGAAAUUGAUCUGUUUUGUUGGAUUUGAGUUUUAUGAGGGUGACCAGGUCGACUCGAGGGAGGUGUCAGAUGGAUAAAUGACCCGGAAGGGGUCGCGUAUCAAAUGAAGAGCUUAUAUAGGCAUAGUACUCUAUUGUAUCGCACAUUUUCAGCUCGUUCUCAUCCAUGGUGUAUUCAUGCACUGUCCAUUCGUUCUCUGCUUUGUGGAGGACCUCUGCAGAAAAAAAGAGUUUUCUUGACGCCAACUGAACGAGAACCGGACAAAAUGAUGCGUUCAUUCUCGGUUAAUUUCCAAAAUCCAUUAUUUGUGACUCGGUUGGACUCUGCUACAUUCGGGUAGGGUACUUCCUCUUUCGGGGAUUAACGCAGAACCAUAGCUUUUCACCUGUGUUCAUUUUAGACAUCCCUACAUUUCAUUUAAAACAUGAAGUAGUGGAGAAAAAUGUAGAAUAAUGAAGUGGUCAGCAAAUAAAUGUCACCUAAACAAAAAGUCUUUCUAAAAAUUAAGUUCAAAACCUACUAGACAACUCCUCCGGAUCAAAUUUGUAAAGAUCCAGCUCGGUGAUGACAUCCACAACGAGUGAUUUACCGCAGAUCUUUUUCUUUGAUAAUAAAGAACCAGUUCUUCGUCGGUCGGAAAGAAUCGUAAACCCGAAGGUAGAACCUUCCCCUCCUCCAUAAAAUCGGUAACGACCUUCAUGUACGGACCAAUAAGGUUAUCACAUCACAAACGGAAAUGGCGGAGACGAAAAUAAGAAAACACAAAACUCGACAAUUUGGUUGCAACUUACAAGGAUUUAAUACUACUCACAACCAUAUAGCUGGAAAACUUUGUAGGGGAGAAAGCCCUUUUUCCUGAAAGAAUUUUGCUGCUAUCAUCUGUCUCGUCCGCCGGUGCCGGGUUUAAAUUUGUUCCUUUUACUUGAUAAAUGGAGGCGGAUUGUAUGAACUGAAUCUGGGCCCUUCAGUGCAUAAUUACUCGCGAUCUGAUUCUGCAAUCUUUCGAUGCCUGCAUUUCUAAGGUCCUAAUUCAAGCCUACUGCCGCCUGAUUCGUACGGCUCGGUGGUUCUCGGUGGCACCUUCUACCGCUUGCAUGGCGGCCAUCGCCAAUUCCUCAAGGUCCGUGGGGGACAGCUGUCCGCGUAUUUUAUUCAAUGAUCUUCCGAUGAUAGUCUCAUAAUUUUGCAGGCUGCGGCUGCGGUGGCGAAGGAUUGAAUCGUAGUUGGCGUUUGCGAUGGCCCCAUGCUCGCUAAUAAACAGUAUUCUGAUUUGAUAGAGCCAAUUGAGCAAAGAGUGAAAAAAACGUUGAAGAUUACAUUAAGGCAGUUAAACAAUAGCUGGUUGUGCAAGCAGAACCAAUUAUGGAUCCUUAUGGUCCAUCAAUUGUUGAUAAUAAUUUGGAGGCUAUUGUUUAAGGAGACGUUUGCUGGGGGAUUAUCUGUUAAUAAGAAGAGGGCUGAGAGAGGUCUCUCACAGCUAAAGAUUGAAGUUGUUGAUUUAGUACCUGAAGAAUUUAGUGGAAACAAAUUGAGUUCUACAGCCUUAAGGAAACUCGAGGCCGAGAAACGCAAGACACUUGGAAGGUGAGCUUUGACAGCUGAAUGUCAGUGUAAUAAAUUCUUUUUCUUAUUGGAACUGCUGAUAGAAAGUAGUUUUUCCAUCUGAUUGUCAUCCGAAACAGUUGUAUCUUGUACUCCCUCCUAUUUUUAAUAUUCGUCAUUCUAGCUUAAUUGAUCAUUUGUUAAAUAAAUGUCGUUUUGUCUAUUUUGUUCAUAUUUUUACCUUUU